CGAAAUCUUUUAUUGACUCUCAAAAAACUUUCGCUAAGAUGGGGCAAUCCGUAUCAUCCACGAUCGAUGCGCUGGAGAACAAUGCUCAGAAAGAAAAGCUAGCUAACGAUGCCAUGAACUCUCUCAUCGAGCUCGCAAAAAUGCAGGUGAGGGAGUUUGAGCUAGCCGUUAGGAGUACAUCGGAUAAGCAGAUGGUACCCGUCGACAAGAUUCUCGGGAGCGACAAGAUUAUCCAAUGCAACAUCAGCAGUGAACCAAGCAAAGUCGAAGAUAUGAUCUCGAAUACUUUCACUUCCUUCAUCACCGGCGAUGUACUGGGCGGCGUGUCAAAGCUUGUUGCGAACGGUAUCAAGCUCCUGUUAGGCUCUUAUUCGGGCAGUUCAUCCUCGCGAGAUACUUACGCCAUCACUUGUGGUAAAUUAGGCGGUAUCUCCAGAUUAGACAUGCACUUCUACUCGUAUCGUUACACAUCCUCGCAGCUGACCGAAGUCGCAAAGCAAGUCCUCUGCGUCAGUAUCGUCCAGUCAUCUGUCGACCCAACCCAGCUCUCCGACGCAACACUGCGGAAUAUAGUGCAGAAUGCGUACAGUGCAUCGACAGAGGACGAGCAGAACAGGAUGUACAGUCAGCUUGCGGCAGCUCGCGACGCGGAUAAGAAUCCGAGAUUGCGCGCUAUCUCAGAUUCUUCGUCUCCGCAGGCCAGUUUCGCAUUAGCGGUGUCAAGGGCGAACAACUUCACGCAUCCGACUCUGCUGUCCGCAUCCGCUGAACCGCAGUAUAAGCCGUAUUCCAAGGCGUACUGGGCGAGGCUCCAGAUCAACACGGCUUCCACGAACACUGAAUCCUUGAAGGGCUGGAUUGAUGGCGUUCUAUAUGCGGAGUUCGACAAGUAUACGGCUAAGAAUGGCAUCAUUGUCACCGCACAAGUGGACCCAACAUCUAUUUCAAACAGCGAGGUGAUCGGGCAAGUCACACUUAUGCUCAGCCGGGAGUUGGAAGAUGGAGAGAAGCUUUUCAGCCAGAAACUUCUCGCCGCUCUGCAGGGCGCUGCUUCUGAAAAGAGCCCGAUUCCUGUGCUCCGCUUCACCAUCGACGGUGUCGCUGCUCAGGAUCAUGACGGCGACGAAAGCGACGACAACUUCAAGGCUCCACACCCGAUCAACCCUGAUGGCCCUUGGCCACAGUUUGACGAAUACGGUCAAGAGUUCUGGCCUGCAGAUGCUUUUUCCGACCUUGGCGAUCUCAUCGACGAGUCCGAGGAAGUGCCCGAAUCGGAAGUCCCAAAUGGGUUACCAGAAAAGCUCCAAGGCCGCGAAGGCCUCACCGAGGCUGACUUUGUCCGCGCUUUUCAAAAGGCUUCGGAGCUCGGCCUCUGUUGGAAAACCCAUCGGGGGAAGGAGGCAGAUCGCCCUGUCUUCAUAUUCCCACAAAUCGGCAAUCGUGAAAACCCAAUUCUCCAAUUCUUCGGCCGGGCUGGCACUCACAUCCACAUCAUCACGCGCCGCGACAUGUCCGGCGAGACCUGGAGCGUCAAAGCCAUAGUGAUGACGAUACGCCACCCCAAUGACGAAGGACCCGAUGAUCCGCAUCAUAUUUGGCACAUCAAGGUCCACGGGCCUACGGGUGGCCGACUCGUGAAUGGAGAGAAAUUAAUACAAGUUGCGACGUAUUGGCGCAACCAAAAUAUGGACUCGGGGAAUCGGGUAUGGAAGGAGAUCCAGGCGGGAACGAGGCCCGACUGGUUUUUGAAUAUGAGGGCAUUGUUGAAUCAGCUUGCGAGCGAUGCGGAUCAGGUCUUGAACGUUUUUAUGGGGCCGAAUGGUUGGCGGCUUUGAGCCUUUUCAGGAGAGUAAUGGAGGUGUAGGUACGAGGUGACUAAAGUAAACAAAGCAGGGGUAUAUAAGGGUACUUUCGUUAC